GUAUCAAAUAUUUUACCUGAAUUAUAUUAUAAGUACACUUGUGAAUGGUCAAAUAAUAUAUGAGUUACCAUUGCAAAAUCGGAAUAUAUUUGAUCCUACCAUCAACAAACAAAUAAAUCGAGCAACGGAAUUCAUGGUGGAAGGUUUUUCCAACUUUGAAACAGAAAUCAACAAGAGGAUCGAUGACAUACGGAUUGAUAUGCAGCAUCAAGAUUUGGAACUCUAUGAAGAAAUCAAAAAAUUAAAGCAAAUGCUGACGCAGCAAGGAUUUGCCCAGGACGCUCAAUCACAAAAUGGCGACAUCCUAUUUCCAGAAAGUGGCGAGUUGUCAUCGAGAUUGAAGUCUUUAGAGGCAGGAAUGAAAAGAGAUUCCAAAGACAGUAAAAGCCAAGUUAGAGCACUAAGGCAAAAAAUUAAAAUUCUAGAAAAUGAAAAUAAAAUAUUGUCAUCACGUGUUGAUGCAACGCAAGUAACUUUAAUGUUAAUGUCAGAAAGAACAUCCCUAAAGAUGAAUGAGUCUAAUGGUCUUAAUAAUUUGAACCUUGUUCAAAAGAUUAGCAACAUGGAAGAGAGGCUGAGUUAUCUAAACGACUCUAUUCAGGAAAAAAGAAACUCAAGUGUUGAGGCUGAUGAGUUUACAACAUUAAAAAAUGAACUUCAAACUGUUAGAUUGAAUCUGUCCGAAGUGAAAAAUGAUUUGAACCAAUCGAAGACUUUCAGUGAAUUGCAAGGUCGACAGAUUUUAGAGGCUCGAGAGUCCCAAACUCUUUUUUACGAUACCUUAAAUAUCCUUGAAAACAAUAUCUCCACGAUUUGGAUGUAUACAAGUAAUCUAAGACGAGAUUUUCAGGAACUAGGCGAUUUAAAAGAUAUUAAAGGCAAUCUUUCCAUCAUUGAAGGUACUACGUCUGUAAUUGAAGCAAAAAUUCAAAUGUUACAAGAUAACUUAUCCACUCUGACAGUUGUGUCGAAUAAUCUUUCUUUUGAACUUAACUCAACUGAAGAAAAAAUAGAAGAUGUCUUAAAAUUAUCUGAAACUAAUAACAAUUCACAAUUAAUUCUGGAAAGAAUCCUCAAAGAAGAAAUUGACACUAUACAAAAAAAUGUAUCCUCUAUAGCUAUUUCUGUUCAGUUGGAAUCAAAUGAAAGAAAAAAUCUUCUGAAUGUUAACGAGCAACGUUAUUUGAACAUUACCAGUGAUAUGGAGAGUAUUCAAACCAAGAUGAAUUCUACAGUUCAACAACUAAUGAUACUUGGAGCAGAGAAAGAACGUGUUUCAAUAUUGAUCAAAAACGUCACCGAUCACAAAAACAGACUUCAGGAUGUUGUCGCCGUAGUACAAUCAAACAGCAGAACUAUUUCCGACAUCCAGAGCAAUAUUACAGCUUUAUUGGAAAUAGAUGGAGCCCUGAAUAAGUCAUUCUCGCAGCAAAUUUCAGAUGGAGCCCAACAAAAACGAAAUACGCUGAUCCUUGGAGUGAAACUUCAGAAGUUACAAGACGAUUUAUCUGCUCUUACGGUUGUGUCGAAUAAUCUUCUGAGUCAAUUUAACUCAACCGGAGAACGAAUAGAGGAUCUGCUUAGAAUAUCUGAAGAUAAAAACAAUUCUGAUAUAAUUCUGAAAAGAAAUCUAACAGAAAAAAUUGAAGCAAUACAACAAAAUGUAUCUUCUUUAGCUAUUUCCGUUCAGUUGGAAUCAAAUCAAAGAAGAGAUCUUCUCAAUAUUCAAGAACAACGAUAUUUUAACAUCACGAAUGUGAUCGAGAGUAUUCAAUACCAGAUGAAUUCUACAGUUCAGCAACAAAUGGCACUUGAAGAAGAGAAAGAACAUGUUUCAUUAUUUAUAAAGAACAUCACCGAUCACGAAAAGAGGAUUAAGGACAUUGUAACCGUAGUGCAGUCAAACGGUAACACUAUUUCAUAUAUCCGGAGCAAUAUUACAGCUUUAAUGGAAAUAACUGGAGCCCUGAAUAGGUCAUUAUCGCAGCAAAUUUCAGAGAGAAACCAACAACAAUUGCUUGUUCGAUUGGUUGGAGGAAGCACCAUCAGCGAGGGACGAGUGGAGGUUUACCACUCCAAUGUUUGGGGCACAAUCUGCGAUGAUAAUUGGGGCAGCUCUGAUGCAAGAGUUGUUUGUAGAAUGCUGGGAUACUCGGGAUCUUACACUGCCUACUCAAACGCCCGUUACGGACAAGGAGUAGGACAGAUCUGGAUGGAUGAGGUUGGAUGCUCAGGAUCAGAGUCUUCAAUAUUCUCCUGUAGAAACAAUGGAUGGGGUGUUCACGACUGUUCUCAUGGCGAAGACGCAUCUGUCAAGUGCACUUAGAUGCCCAAGAUCUAAUAUUAAUAAGAUCGUUAUUUUUGCCUUCGAAUUUGAGAGAUGUUUUUAUGUUUUCUCUCAAACUCGUUUUUAUUGUUCAUUCACAGUUUCUUUCUCCUCGGUUCUGUGAAUAUUCAGAGAACAUUACACUAAUUAUUUGAAACAGAUUACUGUAUUGUCUUAGUGGUUCACGUGUACAUAUGCAGUUAUUGAUUAAAUGUAGUGUAUUUA